AUGCUGGAUACUUUAUCGCAGUGGGUGGUGGAAAUUCCUCCUGCAGAAAACUCAAAAUCCCGCUUUGGCAACCCUUCAUUCCAGGUGUUUUACGAUAAAGUGAAGGAGAAUUCACAUGAAUUGAUGUGCCGUUUAGUGCCUGAAGCUGCGGCAGAAGAAGUCGGUCGUUAUUUUGUUGAAAGUUUCGGCAACCGACGACGCAUUGAUUACGGUACUGGUCACGAAGCGAAUUUUAUGGCGUGGCUUUUAUGUCUGGAGAAACUGGGAGCACUUACCGCAGAUGACGAUAAAGCAGUGGUGUUGCGGGUAUUUGUCAAAUAUAUAGCAUUGAUGCGGAAACUACAGUUUGACUAUUGGCUGGAACCUGCUGGUUCCCAUGGUGUAUGGGGAUUGGACGAUUAUCACUUUUUACCCUUCAUGUUCGGAUCCGCACAACUCUUGGAUCACAAAUAUAUCAAGCCCAAGUCUAUCCACGAUCUAGAGAUUGUGGAAGAAUUUUCAAAAUCGUACAUGUAUUUGGCUUGCAUUCAUUUCAUCAACACCGUCAAGACCACGGCAUCAUUGCGAUGGCAUUCCCCAAUGCUUGACGAUAUAUCAGCUUGCAAACUGUGGAGCAAAGUGAAUCAAGGCAUGAUUAAGAUGUACAAAGCGGAAGUGAUGGGCAAACUGCCGAUCAUGCAACACUUUAUGUUUGGAAGCCUUAUUCGGUUUGACGGUGGAUUAGCGGAUGCGGAGACUUUGCAGGAUAGCUGUGGCCAUGUCCACGGACAUGGCAAUGGUGACACGGUGCAAGCUCAUGGAAGUCAAGAUGUAUUUGCUUUGGGACAAGAAUAUCCCGAUUGCUGUGGGAUUCCUGUCCCCAGUGCGAUCGCCGCGGCCGCCGCCCAAAAGAGUCGAGCACCUAGACCCAUUCCCUUUGAUUAA